UAGUGUAUUUUUUUGUGGAGGUCGGUCAAAGGAAAACAUUUGCAAUGGCUCUCAGAUUGGUGUUCAAUCAGAGGGCUGCCUUUAGUAAAUUAUGUUGCGAUGAAUUGAUUAAUAAAUCUCUUUCGCCGCAGAAAGUAAAUGUGCCUAGCAUAUUAUGGAUGUCAACAAAAAGAGAAGCUACACAUAGACCGAAUCUCUUGGAAAAGUAUCUUUUGGUAUGGAUGAAGAAAUAUCCUUCUGUAGCUGAAGUUCCCAAAUAUGUAACACCAGAUCUAAUGGAAAAGGUUAGAAAUAAAUCCCGCAUAAAGCUUAAUAUCAUAUUUUGCUUCAUCACUGCAUUUGUUUGCAUCAUUAUGGUUUAUCGUGGAAAGAAAGCUGCUGAACGUGGUGAAAGUUUAAGAAAGAUGAAUAUCCAGUGGCAUGAAGAACAAAAUGCUAAAAAAUGAAUUUCUUUUUAUGCAUUUUAAAAGACAUACUAAUUUGUUGAUUUUAUAGAUUUAAUGUUGUUCCAGAUUAUUUCGUUUAACUUGUAAUUAAAGAUUGUUGAUCAGAUUUUGAUGCAAAUAAAUAAACAAAAGUGUUGUACGAAAAGGAUUUUUUUUUAUCCUACAUAAAUUUUUUUUAAUAUCAAUUAUUUUGUACUCUCUUGUAGUAAAUUAUAUAAUAAAAAGCAAAUUAUUUGUUUUUUUUUCAA